UGUUGCACUCGUUGCAGUAGGAGGGUCCAUGUGCACAGAAUGACGUCGCACUGACUUCAAGUCAGACGGACUCCUUCGUUUGUUUUUAAUAGCCUACUCUUUUUAUCCAGGGCCCCGAAUCGGUAAUCUGCAAAAUUGCGGCCAUAAUGUGAGAUCAUCUGCCGCUGUCGUCCGACCCGUCGCUGUCGUUCGUCCUGUCAGGAGCAGCCGCUCGUUGUGGAGGAUUAUACGCAGUAGACUUCUCCUGUGUGUCUAGCUGUCAAACUGAAAACUAUGUGUUGGGAAGAGUAGACAACACACAUUUGUUGAUAUUUAUUGACUUUGUUUCUCGUGUCUCUUUUUCUGUCCUCUGGAUUACCGCUGCCCAGCAACACGGCCACCUGGCAACUCUGAAUGUCGUAAUUAAGGUGAAUCAAUGAGCCAGCAAUGGAGACCAAAAGAUACCAAAGUUUCUUUGAUGGAAGUGAUACAGAAAAGAACAGAUGGUUGCAGGUCCCCAGCACCAUGGAGCACUGCUGCAGUACAGAGGAUUCAAGUCUGACCAGCAGUGACAUCCUGAUGGAUAUUGUCAAUGUUAGCUGCCCUGAUGGAAGCCCAGCCACUGACUGCAAAGACAACAAUACUAAGAAGCAGGAGCAGCCAAUGCUCCGGCUCAGCCAGAACCCACCAUUUUUUCUCUCACACUUCAACAACUCUCUUCACGGUCAAAAGCAGGAAAUGGACUCCAAGGAGCUGUCCAAGACCGUGGCUGAGUCUAUGGGCCUGUACAUGAAUGCUGCCAGGGAGGGAGACUUUGCAUUUAGCCAGCAAGGGGACAGCACCAGCCCUGGGAAGAUGUAUCCCGUGUGUGGGCGGUCGCUAGAGGAUACCCAGUGUGGUUCGACAAAGAGCUCCAAGUUAAAGCCAUUUGGUUUCCAGCAACCCAACUCCACUCCUAGAGAAUGCACUACUGGGACGCCAGUUAGCUCAGCUUCAGUGCUAGUCUCAUCUCUUUCCUGCAGUCCCCAGACCUCCAGCUCCAUCUCUAGCCCUGGGGGCAGCAACAAUAUGGUGUCAUCAACCACCAGUCCUCCUAUGUGCUUUGGACCAGUGUGCUCAUCCGUCAGUAGUCCUGUAAGCCAGACGUCUUGUGCCACAACUCUGGCCAACAUGAACCGUAGGAACUCAGCCACAUGUAGCCCUGUAGAGUCCAGCACAGUGGGCUCACCGCCGCUUACCAGCCCACUCAACGUCAUGAGGUCCCCCAUGUCCAGCCCUCAGAGUAUGAGUAGUGUGACAUCGCCUCCGUCCUGCAGCACUACCUGUAAUAUUAAGUCAUCUGUCUCCAGCCCCACAGGUGGCAGCUGCACCAGCACCGCAAACAACUGCCACACAGUAAGGCCCUCCAUCUCCAGUCCGGCCAUAGGGGGCACCAUGGCAGUCAGCAGCCCACAAAACCCCUCCUUAGGUGGGUUUCCAGUGUCCAGUCCUGCUGGUGGACUGGGUUUGGUGCAGAAUGACACUAACAGCCCAGAAGCAGCAGGUCUAACCAGAGAUGUGGACUUCAAGAACUUUGAAUUCCCCAAAGUAGAGAUGGUGGAUGGUGAGGUGUUCAGUGUUGGCUUGGACCAGAUGGGCAUGGUUAAGUAUAUUAAGAAUGAGCCUGGGACUGACUUCAGGAGCAUGUGUUUAGGCAGCUCCAAAUGUAAUGCGAGUAGCACACCUUUCAUCACACAGAUUAAGAGUGAGCCAAACAAAAACGAGGGAUGUAUGAACCAGCAACCCUAUGGCGAGCAGUCACCAUCUCUUGGUCUCUUUCCUGCCUCUGAGACCACCUAUUUGUCCCUGAGGAAUAACAUUGAUGAAUACAGUCUCUCUGGUAUCUUAGGAGCCCCUGUCUCCUCUAUGAAUGGGAACUUUGAGACCGAUGUGUUCUCCAACAAUGUCCUGUCUAAAGGGGUUAAGCAGGAGUCCACUGACGGCAGCUAUUACCAAGAGAAUAACAGCAUGCCCACAUCGGCCAUUGUUGGAGUUAAUUCCGGUGGACAUUCAUUCCAUUACCAGAUUGGAGCGCAAGGAACAAUGUCUUUCACGCGGCAUGAUAUGAGGGACCAGUCCAACCCUUUGUUGAAUCUAAUUUCGCCCGUAACGGCGUUAAUGGAAUCGUGGAAAUCUCGGCCAGGCAUGUCACAGGGGUCGCUGACGACCAGAGGUGAGGGAUACCCCGGUCAGACCUGCAUCACAGACAGCUCACCGCUGAGACAACCGUCCUCAACAGCCAAAGUGUGUCUGGUUUGUGGAGAUGAAGCAUCAGGAUGCCACUACGGUGUCGUGACAUGUGGGAGCUGCAAAGUCUUCUUCAAAAGAGCAGUGGAAGGUCAGCACAACUACCUGUGUGCCGGAAGAAAUGACUGUAUCAUUGACAAGAUCCGAAGGAAAAACUGUCCGGCAUGUCGCGUACGAAAGUGUCUCCAGGCCGGGAUGAACCUGGGAGCACGAAAGUCCAAGAAGUUAGGUAAGCUGAAGGGAGUCAGUGAGGACCUGCAGGGCUCUAAGGACGGCCAAACUUCCACAGGUGGUGUUGGAGGCAGUUACCUGUCCUCAGAGAAGGAGCUGAAUGCCAGUGCUGCCAAUGCCCUGGUGCCCCAUGGGCCUGGGGUGGUCACACCUUUUCUGCCACCCUCCAUCUGCAGUGUGUUGGAGCUGAUUGAGCCUGAAGAGGUGUACUCUGGCUAUGACAACACGCAGCCUGACACCACUGACCACUUGCUGUCCAGUCUCAACCGCCUGGCCGGAAAGCAGAUGGUACGCAUGGUGAAAUGGGCCAAAGUACUUCCAGGUUUCCGUGGGCUGCCCAUUGAGGACCAAAUCACUCUGAUCCAGUACUCAUGGAUGUGUCUGUCCUCCUUUUGCCUCAGCUGGCGCUCCUACAAACACACCAAUGGACAGAUGCUCUACUUUGCUCCUGACCUCAUCUUUAACGAGGACCGCAUGCAGCAGUCAGCCAUGUACGACCUGUGUCUGGGUAUGAGGCAGGUGAGCCAGGAGUUUCUCCGACUGCAGCUAACCUACGACGAGUUCCUCUCCAUGAAGGUGCUUCUGCUUCUCAGCACAGUUCCCAAAGAGGGUCUGAAGAACCAGGCGGCAUUUGAAGAGAUGAGGGUUAAUUACAUUAAGGAACUCCGGCGCUCGGUGGGAAAAGCAACCAACAACUCUGGCCAAACCUGGCAGCGCUUCUUCCAGCUCACCAAGCUACUGGAUGCCAUGCAUGAUCUGGUGGGGAACUUGUUGGACUUCUGCUUCUACACCUUUCGUGAGUCCCAGGCCCUGAAGGUGGAGUUCCCCGAAAUGUUGGUGGAGAUCAUCAGUGACCAGAUACCAAAGGUGGAAUCAGGCCUCACUCACACAAUCUACUUCCACAAGAAGUGACUCACUUAACAGUUGGGACAGAAGCAGCAUUAAGAACUGGAAGUGAGGAGGAAGAAGUUCAAAAACAGAAGAGAAAUGUGCGAGGAAGGCCUGAACAGAUGGCCUGCACCCAGUCGCCCAGUAUGCCAGCGUCCUGCUCUUGGAUGGGAAAGUUAAGAGGCAUGGUGACAGAAGAAGAAAAAGGGGAAAAUGAUUUUGACCCUGCAGUCACCACGAUAGGGUCAGGGCUGUGAAUAGUUUGCCGAGCCGAGCACGACACGCCGAGAAGGACUUGUGACAAAUGUGACAAAGCAUCCGAAGUUCCCCCCUGUGCCCCUCUCCCUGCCCCAAAGACGAUAACAGUAUUUUCUAUGGAGAUAAAGCCAUACAUUUCGUAGGAUGUGCUAGAUACGUUCACUGCAGACACAGACACACACACACACACACACACACACACGUAGAGGGAGAUUGAUACACGUGCAGUCCACAUGCCUUCACAGAAAUGCACAGAUGCACUCCACAUGCACUAAAAUCAGAUAACAAAUCUAGAGUAAAAGUUUUUGCAAAUAUUAACUGUGGCUUAUGCAGUCUUAUAGCACUAUGAAAAAAAAAUAUGCCAAUACUUAGAUUUUGCUUUGCAGUGUAGCAACAUACUGCAAGACUACAGGGCAAAGGACAUUUUGUGGAGGCACGGAAAUUCUAGACAGUAGGGCGGAAGGUCUUUUUGAAUAUAUUCCAAGGGCUAUACAAGCGUCAUCAUAAGCUGGAUAAUUACAUUCAAUCUAACAAGUCCAAGUUUGAAUCUCAAUCGGUGUCCUAACAGCUGUCAUUAACAUUCACAUACUGAGUUUUUUCUUUUAAUUAAAAUAUGUAGUAAAACAAUCAAAACUAAUAUGCAAAAGUCCAAAGCUAAAGCUGUUUUUAAAUAAAAAUGUCUCUCUUGUGUAAAGUAAGCUUGCACGUGAAGCUCCCAUGUCAUAAAGUCACUAUUUUAGGCAUUGUGGUGUAGAAUUAAGACAAUAUUGAUGAACGAUUUCACCUUUGUUCAAAAGUGGUCAGGAGUGCUGCAGAAUGGAAAACUUGGAUUUACAGAAACAAUUUCAGUAGAGUCCGCUGGUAAUGGAUUUGACUGAGGUGCAUCCAUAGUAAUUGUGUUUUGUGUUAUCUCCAGAGCAGCUGUCCAAAUGUCUGUUUUUACUCACAAUGAAGCAAAACCAGCCCUUUGUGAACCAACACUUAUCUACUCUUCCCAGAAAUAAUAAAAAGCAUUUUAUAAAAGCGUGUUGCAAAGGUUUAGUUUUUGACAAGCCAGUCAUUUUACAUUAAGGUGCUUUAUUUCUACAAAGCCAGGCAAAACAUAACAUGUACAGUAACUUGUAGGCAGUCCGUAUACAAUACACCGUAUGGACACACAGUUAAAACACACAUACUCUGUACAGUUGAUAUAACCCCAUACGGAGCAUUACUCUGCAGUGCUUACUUACAGCGAACGGCUAAUGUAUCAAAACCAGGCAAAUGUGUACAGGCAUUAACAACUUCUUAAACACAUUCUAUUCAGCUGUUGUACAGAUGAGGUUUUAAGGUACAUGUUGAUGAAUGCUUGAUGAAGAACUGUCGGUAUGAUCACCUUUCCUAAUUUUGUUUAUUUCCUUUCUGUUAUCUUUGGGCCAAGUACUACUAUUUUUGGUAUGGCAGACCCAGUCAUCUGGACCAUUAACAUGUCUCACACCCCACUGGUUACUGGGUCGUCGUAGAACACUACUAUGAUGCUACUGAAAAGUGAUAGGACCGUUGGGGAAGAUAAACAGUGGGGGCGUGUGAUUAUUAUCAUUAUUAUUAUUAUUACUACUAUUAUUAUUUGUGCCCUGUGAGUGUGUAUUUACAUGUGUGAAUGGAGCAAGUGUGGCUUAAGUUUAUAUGUAUGUGUAUAUGUGUGUGUGUGUGCGUGUGUGUGUUUCCUGGCAAGCAUGUGCAUAGUUGAUCUGCUCUUUCAGCGUGGGUAUUAUGCAUUUAUGUUAUAGGAUUAGCUAUAUCCUAUUUCCACAUUUAGAUUUGCACAGAGGAGAUACAAUGUGAAAUGAGGCAUUAGCGCAGCUAGCAGGAAUUGUCUAUUUUGAUAAGCAACUGUGAUGAUGCGGGAAUAGACUUUCUGCAUGGUCAGCCAGCCUAAACGUGAUAUGACAGGCACAGCAGCGUGGUCGUGUGUUGUAUUUGUGGCCAUAGCUCCCUUAGGAAUGACGCCCUGCUGCAUCAUGAGGUCUCAAUUGUGCAAAGACUGGUGCCCAAAGAGUUGGAGGUGGCAUAAUCACAACUGUCAUUAGGGACUGUAUGAAAAUUAUUGGAGAGGUUCUGAAAAAUGGGUUAUGUAUUUUUAAUUCCUGCUCAAGGGAGAGUAGUCUAAAUUUCUUGGGAAAGAAUAAGAGUGUGUCAUCUUUUUCUCAUCCCAGAAUUAAAUAUUCCUUUUUUAUUCACUCUGGGGUGAAAAUAUUGUGCUUCACCACCAACAAAGAUGGCGCCCAGGUCUGGUUCAUUCAUUCUGUGGCUACUAGACCAGCUGUGUUUUCACUAUUUAUAUUUAUGUUUGCCAUAAAUACAUGAUGUGGGCAGAUCGGGGAGGAGGGGGCAUAAGAAAAUAAUAAUGUUGAUUAGGGUAUUGCUCUUUGUAAAAGAAAAUGUAAGAUUAGGUGUCCUUGCUAAUUUUGGUAUAGUCUCUUGUCAGAAAGGCUUCAUUUUACAAUCUGUCUUUCUUGCGCAUUAUUGUGCUCAAGUUGUGAAGGACCCUUAAACUAAUCUCUCACUGUUUCUUUCUUUUGCCCUUUUUUGUCCUUUUUAAGGAAUAAAAAACUGUCUAAAGGUUCAUAGGAUGAAUGCGAAAGUAUUUUUGAGAGAAUUAUAUUUUGCUGGAAAACAAUAUUUAAGUACUUUGUCUAAAAAUGAUAUCCUUUUUGUAAAAUGAAAUGUUAAUGCAUGCUUUUUCGAUGAGAUGUUUACAUUGUAUUUAAAAAAGGGAAACUUGUGCCUUUUUAUCUCACCUGAUUUACAGUUUUACAGUAUAUAUUGUAAAUAAUACAGCAAGUCCUUAUGUUGAGUCUAGUAUAAACAUUUCUACUUUAACCAUCUUGUUGGAAUUUUGGAGAAAUGUGUUUUUCCCACUCGCCAUGUUCUGUGUGUUGGAUCACAGAAGAAUUUACAGUAAAGGUUGGCACCAGAAAGGGCCAAAUGGAGAAAUGAAUGUAUCGUACAUUGUGAGAGACUUAUGGAACUUACUACCUGAAUGUUAGAGAGAGAGUACAUUUAUUAUCUUCUUAUUAAGUAAAGUUAUUUCAUUUUGCAUCUUUUUUUUUCUUUUUUUUUUUACUUUUUGCGUCAUUGUUGAAGUGGGUCAAUCAAAAAAAAAAAAAAAAAUCAAAAAGUAUUUCUUAUUUUCUAACAAGAUGUAUCACGUGAUGGAUCCUUGAGUUAUUGCUGUUGAAAUUAUUUUCUAACCCUUGGUGGUAUUGUCGAUGAGCACCACAAUAAAAAUCAAGAAAUCACAAAAUAUUGAAACUGGGAUACGUGAAAGAAAGUUCUUGACUUUAAAAAUAGGAACUUUGUGCACACACAGCACCAAACGAUGGAUUUAAAGACUGUAGACCUUAAGUUUAGGCAAUUUAAAUUUGACUGUUUUUGACCAGUUAUUAACUGGAUGUAUUGCACUAAAUGACAAAAUAUGUUUCAAUUAUUAAAAGAAACAAAUUUGUCCCAAAGAAUGGUAGUAUAAAACACUUACAAUCUAUACACAAUAUAGAUUAUAAUGUAUAGUCUAAUGAUCUUAUCAAGCCCCUGUACACCCCUCCUGCAUUACAGAAAUAUAGGUUUUGACUGUUAGAGUUAAAUAAGAAGAUUGAUACCAUGUCUGUACGAUAGCUAAAUAUGAAGGUACUGCUGAGACUGUUAGCUUAGCAUAAAGAGUGGAGGGACAGGUAAGGUCCAAAGGCAUCAAAAAUCCCCCUUAAAAGCACUGCUGAACAAUGUCAUUUGUUCAAUCCACAGGACAAAAAAAAAAAGAAAAAAAAAGAAAAAAAAAUCCACAGGAAGUGUAAAAAUGACAUGUAGGUUUGCCAUCACACAUAUGAAGUCACUGGGCUUGGCCAUGAAAUAGUCCAGAAUGUAACAUCUAACAAUCACAAUGUCCCCUUUUACUUCUGUUUUGCACGAAUUAAACACGAUUAAAUGUGUGUGAGGCCAUAGUAAGGAGAUUUUGUUUCCUUUGGACAGAGCCAGACCAGAUGGUUCCCCAUUUCCAGUAUUUAUGCUAAGCUAAGCUAAGCUAACCAUCCUCUUGCAGUAGCAUUGUAUUUACCAUACAGACAUGAGAUUGGUAUCAAGCUUCUGUUCCAAACCUCAGCAACAAAGCAUUUCCCAAAAUGUCAAACUGUUUCUUUAAAGCAACAUAAUGAAUGAAAUGUGCAUUUAUUGGUCAUCAUUCACCACCGCCUGCAAACAAGAAAAUAAAAAAGAAACUUACCCCUACUAGAGGGCGAAACAAUAUCUUAAAAGCAGUCUCCGCCUACAUUAACUCCUUUUAGGCAUGAAUGACUCAGAAUGUGUUUAACUGCUGUUUCACAGUACACUGUAUGUGGAGUCACGUCAUUGCCAUUUUCUGUUCAUGGUGAUGAAUCGGGUGUAGAGAGACUAAGCCAUAUCUCCACAGCCAUGGCAGUGCAUUUCUUAUUAAUAUAUAAAUAUAAAUAAAUGUUUUUUUUUUUCCAGUUCCAAAAAUGACUUUUUACUCAAGAUGCUUUGUACAAUAUUUCUCAGUAACUAUCCAACAACCGUACAAUAGACAUCCUUCAAAAUAAAACCAUAAAAGAUCUUUGAAACCAGUUACUACUGUAUAUCUUGAUGCAGAUAUUGCCAUACUUGUGUUUGCAAUCUAUUGCAAGAUUCUAAUAAAACUUUUAAACUGAUAA